ACCAGAAGAAGUCACAGGCCAACGACGAAUCUAUAAAUGAUACAUCCACCAAACUGCACAGCACUUCAGCUGCAACGGAGAAAUCGACGCAAAAACAAACCGCAGAAAGAAAGAAAAAAACAAGAAAGGUUGUGUUCACGGGGAGCUUGGUGCCAUUGCUGCAAGUUGGGGAACUUUUUGGGUUGUAGAAAAGGAAGCUGAUGGCGUCGGGCAAGAUGGAGAACGGCCAGCAGCAGCAGCAGCAGGAGGUGAGGAGGAGGAGGAACGGCGAGGUGGUGGUGGACGGGUCGGAGAUCCUGCAGCUGGUGGAGAACAAGGAGGCGUUUGGUAAGUUCGUGGAGCAGAAGUUCAGGCUGCUCGACGCCGACGGCGACGGGAGGCUGUCGGUGAGGGAGCUCCAGCCGGCCGUCGCUGACAUCGGCGCCGCCAUCGGGUUGCCGGCGAGGGGGUCGUCGGCGCAGGCCGACCACAUCUACUCUGAGGUUCUUAACGAGUUCACAAAAGGGAAGAAAGAAUCGGUGAGCAAGUCAGAGUUCCAGCGUGUCCUCUCUGACAUACUUCUUGGCAUGGCGGCUGGACUAAAGAGGGACCCCAUUGUGAUCUUGAGGAUUAACGGUGAAGAUUUGAAUGAAUUUGUUGAGAGCCCAAGGUACGAACCGGAGAUGGCUGCCAUAUUUUCGCAAGUUGAAUCAGGAAAUUCAACCUUGCAGCAGUGCAUGCUAGCUGCUAUUCGACAACUGACGGUCGACCACGGCAUGCCACCGGCUUCAGAUUCAUGGGUUAUGGAGAAUAUCAUAGAACCUGCAUUGCAAGAACUCCAUGGUGAUAACCUGGAGCAACCUGUCACUCAAGAGGUCUUCUUCCAGGAAUUCAGAAAGUUCUUGGCAAUCCUCACGCAGCGACUCCAAGGGCACCCUGUGAUUGUAGCACAUACCGAGAACACCUUUGAUGGGAAUGGUAUCAAGAAGCUGCUGUCAAACAAGCUCGAAUUAGAUAAGCUGUUGGAUUGUGUUUGGAGAGGCGUACCGAAAGAAAAAGAUAGAACAGCGAAGCAGUACAUUCGGGUUGCGUUCGAUAGGAUGGCUGACUCCAUAAAUCUACCACCAUAUGGAGCUGUUGAACAGGUAGAUGCUGUGGUCGAUGAGGCGUUCAAGAUGGCGAAAGCCGAGGACGGGAAGGCGGUGGAUGAAACGGAGUUCAAGAAAUUGCUCACUGAGAUCCUUGGGGCAGUGAUGCUGCAGCUAGAUGGCAAUCCAAUAUCGGUUUCGACCAACAGUGUACUCCAUGAGCCAAUGUCCACUUCUUCCACCCUGCUUUCGCCAUCGCCGCCGUCGCCAAUGGUGUCAUCACCGAGUGAAUAGAAGCAAGAUGGAAGGAAGCUGAUCAUAGAAUGGACAGUGGAGAAUAUAAUUUCCACUGGUGGUAACAGUAACUGCAAUAUAAUGCUGGUUUUCUUCUGAUCAAUGAACAAACUGCAGUAACUUGAUAGUUGCCAUGUAACUGGAGACCUGGUGCAAAUAUGUUUGUGUUGGUGUUUGUAACUACGUUCUAAGUGUUUAGUGUCGGAAUAAUAAGGCUUCUAAUUAAGCCAGCAGUUGAACAACGGGGAAUAAUUUAUUUCAAGCUUUUGUUUUGGGUGCAGCA